GGAAGUUGGUGCAAAAACUAAUGCCACCUAUAUACAAGGGAUAAAAUCGUAAAUGAUGUCAUUUUUGACGUUCCUACGGAUUUGAAACAAAAUAAGUAUUAGAAAAUGGCAGCAGAACUAUUGGAGAAACUCUUGUUACAAAUACUUAGUGGUGACAAUGCCCAUAUAUAUGAAAUUUCUAGGCAAAUAUCAAAGGCUAUUGACACACAGGAAGGAGUUAGCGCUCUUUGCUCUCUUCUUCGACAUCAAAAUGAUGGUAUACGUCAAUAUGCUUGCAUAUUGCUGAGAAAAUGCGUGGCAAAAGAAGAAAAGUGGCACUCAAUGCACUGUGAUAUUAAAUCUAUCCUCAGAAAAGAUACAAUUCAACUCGUCUGUACUGAAAACACAAAGCCUGUCAAAAAGUCUCUUGUUGCCUUAAUUGGUAGCAUUGCUAGAUUCGGAGUAAAUGAACAUGAUUGGCCAGAGUUGAUGAACUUCUUCCAUGAAGCUUGCUCUAACUCAGCUGCUAACAUUAGAGAACUAGGAAUGUGGGUUUUGAGUUUGGUGGCAGAUUAUGCAACGGAUAGCUUGCUCCCUCUAAUGCCUACAUUAAUAUCACUUUGUAACGAAAGAUUAAAGGAUGCUGAACCAGGAAUUCUUUUCUACACUAUCAAGCAAAAAAAGUUUAGAGCCCUUAUUCCAGAAAUAAUUAGAGUAAUUAACAAAUUAAUCGAAACGGACGAAACUAUGGCUUUAGAAUCUCUUGAAGUUUUCGAUGAUUUAUUUGAAUAUGAAGUUCCAAUAAUACAGCCCUUUAUUGGUUCAAUUUUUGAACUUUUAUUCGGAAUAAUGAAUAAUCAGAGUUUGGACGAAAGUUUAAGAGCUAGAGCUGCAACUUAUUUAUCCUGGAUUGUUAAGAGAAAGAAAAAGCUUGUCGUUAAGCAAAAAUUAAUGGAUAGCCUGUUGGAUGCAGCUAUGAAAAUAAUGGGUGAAGUUGACCCUGAUGACGACGAUGAUGAAAAUGUAUUGCCUAGGGAAACGGCAGUGCUAGUUCUAUCAAUGUGCAAUAAUUUACCUAGUAACCAAUUAAUGCCUGCAAUACUUGAGAGAGUGGAGCCAAUGCUUGCAUCGGAAGAUCCUAUACAGCGUAGGACAGCACUUAUAACUUUAGCCCUUGCCGUUGAAGGAAAUUCAGAAUAUGUUAGAAAAAGGCAUCUCCAAUCGUUAAUGCGAGUUACUUCUCAAGCUGUUAAUGAUACGGUUCAAAGUGUUAAAAAUGGAGCUAUGUUUAUGCUCGGUCAAAUGUGCCUCUGUCUUCAACCAGAUAUAAGUAAUCAUGCUUCAGAUAUUAUUCCUUUUCUACUAUCUUUAAUUGAUCCCCAAAAGAUAUCGGGGAAGUUGACUUCUGAUAGCCUUCGAGCCCACAGUAAAGUAUUUUAUGCUAUUGAAACAUUUUGCGAAAAUAUGUCGCAGCAAAAGUUUUCUCCAUAUGUGGAGUCUGUAACCAAUACCUUAUUAUCGGUAUUACAAAUACCAUCGCUAUCAGAUUCAGUUCGAACCUACGUUUUUAGUUCCCUUGGAGCAGUUUCGGCAACAGCUGGAAAAAAUCUAGCACCUUUUGUAGAGAAGAUUCUACAUUAUCUUCAGAGUUAUUUUGCACCUUCUGUCAGAAGUGAAGAGCAAAUAAGAAGUCAAGCACAAGCUAUCGAAACCCUUAGCUUAAUUGUGAGGAAUGUUCUAGGCGAAGAUGACAGGGCAAUUAUUGAGCAGUCUGCUCGGAUUGCUUUUGAAAUCGAAUCAACAGCUUCAGAUCCGGAUCAAAGAAGAGCUAUCCAUGGUCUUUGGGCAUCAAUCGCUAAAUGUCUUAAAACAUCUUUCCCAGUUGGUUAUUUAGAACGUGUUGUUCAGUCAAUGAUCAUAGCACUUAAUAGUCAAGAAGGAAUGAAUAGACCUGGUAAAGGCAUGGAAAAUACCAUGAGUUCUCUGGCAGAUUUGGAGAAAGAAAUUGAAACUAUGGAGGAGGAUUAUGAUGACGACGAACUUACUGAUGUCGAAAACCCAUAUUUAGAUGAAAAAGAGGAUGCCUGCAUCAAUCUAGCCGAUAUUGCUGAAUCUACUGGCCCUCUGUUUGCUCCUUAUUUGGAGAAAAGUUUUAAAAUUAUACGUGAUCUAACUAAGUCAAAUCACAUGUUUGUUCAGAAGGCUGCCAUCGAAUCCAUAAGUAAGUUGGCUGUUGCAGCUUCCAAACUCGGUGGAGAUGAAAGCUCUCAAAAUGCAGUUAGAGUACUAUGCAUGGAGGUUGUCACAUGCCUCACGGAAACAAUCAACAACCAAAAGGAGAAGACUCUUGUUACUACUGCGCUCUCUUCCUACGCCUAUUUAAUCAAGAAUGCAGGACAAAUUUUGGUUGGAGAUCAAAGAAUUACAGAUACAUCCUUAAAUCUUGUUAGAAAUGUAUUACGUGUAAAACUUCCUUGUCAAGUGAUUGAUUUAGAGACAGAAGAUGAUGAAGAAGAGGAAGAAGACGACGAGUUACUCCUGGAAACUGCUGGAGAAAUACUACCAGCUCUUGCUGAGCAUUUAGACGUCGAUACUUUUCUUAGCUAUUUUGCUAGCUUAAGCACUCUAUUUGAUAAAUACAUGAAGUCCCAAAAUAUGAAUGAAGAGAAAGCUUUUGCAAUAGGAUGUAUAGCCGAAAGUAUUGAAACUUUGGGAAGGAAAUUGGAAAGAGAGGGUAAAACUUCAGCAAAUCUUGAAAAGCUUGUACUUGCUGCCAAAGACAGCUUUUUGUCAUCGGCCUCUGACAACGACACCGACGUUCGUAAUAAUGCUAUUUAUGGUCUUGGCUUGCUGGUACUUUACGGAAACUUGGGGCCCGCUAUUAAUCAAGAAAUAUAUUCAACAUUGUCUUCUUUGCUACAAAACGAAUCUAAUCCCAGAUGCAAAGACCAAAUAGUCGCAGCCUUGGCUAGAGUAGCUUCGAAAAUCGGCGACUGCUUACCUCUGGAUUCUGUUAUUAAAACUAUUGUUUCAUCAUUGCCUUUGGAAGACGAUCCAGUGGAAAAUAAUACUUGCGUCAUAUGCUUGGCUAGAAUAUGUCAAAGAGCAAACUCGGUACUUCCACAUUUUGAGGAGCUAGCCCCAGUCUUACCAACUUUCUUUGAAAAUGAAGACAUGAAUGAGGAAGGAAAAGCGGCGGUUAUUUUUCUCUUAAAUGCUAUGGGAAAGAACAACCCUACAAUCUUAGAAAGUUUGCAUCAACAAUUCCCAAGGCUUCGCAAACAUUUGAACUAA